UAUGUUAUAGUUCCACCGGGCGGGUCAGCGGAGGGAUACCAGACGCGUUCUCUAUAAAAGCCGCUGCGCUAGUCUUUGUUCCGCAUUCAGCUGACAGGAGACAGAAGAGACAGAAGCAGCCACCGCGGUGAACCGUCUGUUUUGUCAAAAUGCAGAUCUUUGUGAAGACCCUGACCGGGAAGACCAUCACCUUGGAGGUGGAGCCCAGUGACACCAUUGAAAAUGUCAAAGCCAAGAUCCAGGAUAAGGAGGGCAUCCCUCCAGACCAGCAGCGUCUGAUCUUUGCUGGAAAGCAGCUGGAAGAUGGUCGCACCCUCUCCGACUACAACAUCCAGAAGGAGUCCACCCUCCAUCUUGUGCUCCGUCUCAGAGGAGGCAUGCAGAUCUUUGUGAAGACCCUGACUGGAAAGACCAUCACCCUGGAGGUGGAGCCCAGUGACUCCAUUGAAAAUGUCAAGGCCAAGAUCCAGGAUAAGGAAGGCAUCCCUCCAGACCAGCAGCGUCUGAUCUUUGCUGGAAAGCAGCUGGAAGACGGCCGCACCCUCUCCGACUACAACAUCCAGAAGGAGUCCACCCUCCAUCUUGUGCUCCGUCUCAGAGGAGGCAUGCAGAUCUUUGUGAAGACCUUGACUGGAAAGACCAUCACCCUGGAGGUGGAGCCCAGUGACUCAAUUGAAAACGUCAAGGCCAAGAUCCAGGAUAAGGAGGGCAUCCCUCCAGACCAGCAGCGUCUGAUCUUUGCUGGAAAGCAGCUGGAAGAUGGCCGCACCCUCUCCGACUAUAACAUCCAGAAGGAGUCCACCCUCCAUCUUGUGCUCCGUCUGAGGGGGGGCAUGCAGAUCUUCGUCAAGACCCUGACUGGAAAGACCAUCACCCUGGAGGUGGAGCCCAGUGACACCAUUGAAAAUGUCAAGGCCAAGAUCCAGGAUAAGGAAGGCAUCCCUCCAGACCAGCAGCGUCUGAUCUUUGCUGGAAAGCAGCUGGAAGAUGGUCGCACCCUCUCCGACUACAACAUCCAGAAGGAGUCCACCCUCCAUCUUGUGCUCCGUCUCAGAGGAGGCAUGCAGAUCUUUGUGAAGACCCUGACUGGAAAGACCAUCACCCUGGAGGUGGAGCCCAGUGACUCCAUUGAAAAUGUCAAGGCCAAGAUCCAGGAUAAGGAGGGCAUCCCUCCAGACCAGCAGCGUCUGAUCUUUGCUGGAAAGCAGCUGGAAGACGGCCGCACCCUCUCCGACUACAACAUCCAGAAGGAGUCCACCCUCCAUCUUGUGCUCCGUCUCAGAGGAGGCAUGCAGAUCUUUGUGAAGACCUUGACUGGAAAGACCAUCACCCUGGAGGUGGAGCCCAGUGACUCAAUUGAAAACGUCAAGGCCAAGAUCCAGGAUAAGGAGGGCAUCCCUCCAGACCAGCAGCGUCUGAUCUUUGCUGGAAAGCAGCUGGAAGAUGGCCGCACCCUCUCCGACUAUAACAUCCAGAAGGAGUCCACCCUCCAUCUUGUGCUCCGUCUGAGGGGGGGCAUGCAGAUCUUCGUCAAGACCCUGACUGGAAAGACCAUCACCCUGGAGGUGGAGCCCAGUGACACCAUUGAAAAUGUCAAGGCCAAGAUCCAGGAUAAGGAAGGCAUCCCUCCAGACCAGCAGCGUCUGAUCUUUGCUGGAAAGCAGCUGGAAGAUGGCCGCACCCUCUCCGACUACAACAUCCAGAAGGAGUCCACCCUCCAUCUUGUGCUCCGUCUCAGAGGAGGCAUGCAGAUCUUUGUGAAGACCCUGACUGGAAAGACCAUCACCCUGGAGGUGGAGCCCAGUGACAGCAUUGAAAACGUCAAGGCUAAAAUCCAGGACAAAGAGGGCAUCCCUCCAGACCAGCAGCGUCUGAUCUUUGCUGGAAAGCAGCUGGAAGACGGCCGCACCCUCUCCGACUACAACAUCCAGAAAGAAUCCACCCUCCACCUGGUCUUGCGUCUGAGGGGAGGCAUGCAGAUCUUCGUGAAGACCCUGACUGGAAAGACCAUCACCCUGGAGGUGGAGCCCAGUGACUCAAUUGAAAACGUCAAGGCCAAGAUCCAGGAUAAGGAAGGCAUCCCUCCAGAUCAGCAGCGUCUGAUCUUUGCUGGAAAGCAGCUGGAAGAUGGUCGCACCCUCUCCGACUACAACAUCCAGAAGGAGUCCACCCUCCAUCUUGUGCUCCGUCUCAGAGGAGGCAUGCAGAUCUUCGUGAAGACCCUGACUGGAAAGACCAUCACCCUGGAGGUGGAGCCCAGUGACAGCAUUGAAAACGUCAAGGCCAAGAUCCAGGAUAAGGAGGGCAUCCCUCCAGACCAGCAGCGUCUGAUCUUUGCUGGAAAGCAGCUGGAAGAUGGUCGCACCCUCUCCGACUACAACAUCCAGAAGGAGUCCACUCUCCAUCUUGUGCUCCGUCUCAGAGGAGGCAUGCAGAUCUUCGUGAAGACCCUGACUGGAAAGACCAUCACCUUGGAGGUGGAGCCCAGUGACAGCAUUGAAAACGUCAAGGCCAAGAUCCAGGAUAAGGAAGGCAUCCCUCCAGAUCAGCAGCGUCUGAUCUUUGCUGGAAAGCAGCUGGAAGAUGGUCGCACCCUCUCCGACUACAACAUCCAGAAGGAGUCCACCCUCCACCUUGUGCUCCGUCUCAGAGGAGGACAGUAAAGAUGUCUCGGUAAACCCACCAUUUAUUCCGGUGUUCAUCUCGCUCCAGCUGUCAGUCAUUCCUCUUUUUUUUUCAUUUUUAAAUCUUUCAAUAAAGGUUGAGUAUUCCUGACUUUUGCUUUAAUUGGCUUUUUAAUAAUUUCACUUUGCAUUUUGACUAAUGCCAGUUGAAGUUAAUGUGGGUUUUCUUCAGUUCCAGAACUUGAUUUGAGGUAAUUUUUGAGAAAAUGACUUAUUAUUAAAUAAAAUAUACAAACUUGAUGUUAAAAUGAUGAAAUGGGAUCCAUGUGUGCGGUUGAAGAGGUCCAACUGACAAGUUUUAAGUUAUCAGCUUGGUAGAGGUGUUCAGUGUGGUAUCAUUAUGACCUCCAAAUUAAGAAUGCUGCUGUUAAAUAUUGAUCAUAACUAAUAAAAUGGCUUCUUACGAUCAA